CAAGUGUGGAGAACGAAUGUUCUGUCUUGGCUCAGCAGAACAGUGAGUACAUAGUUACUUAAGGUGGAUCACUGAGAUGCAAGAUUAUUAUUCACGUUGUUGGUGGGAAUGACGUGAAGAGAUCAGUUUCCUGUGUUUUAGAAGAAUGUGAACAACGGAACUACUCAUCCAUUUGCCUACCAGCCAUUGGCACAGGAAGUGCUCAACAGGACCCAGAUGCAGUUGCUAAAGCCAUAAUGGAUGCCAUUGAAGAAUUUAUCCAGAAAACAUCAGUGCAGGCUGUGAAGAAAGUCAAAGUUGUUAUCUUCCAGCCUCAUAUCCUGAGUGUUUUUUAUGACAACAUGAAAGACAGAGAAGGCUCCCCAGCUCCUCCCCAGCCGUCUCUACUGUCUAAGAUCACCUCCUUUUUUGGCUUUUCAAAGCACACUCCCCGCAAACAGAACACCCUGGUUUUGGAGAAGAAAAUAGAACAGACAGUUUUCCAGGUAUGUGGCAAAGAUGAAGACAGUGUGGAACGCACGAUCAUUUGGAUACAGACUCUGAUCACCCAGGAGCAGAAUUCUUUUAGCAUUGAGGAUGAGUGUUUCAGAGACUUUGGUGAGAAGGAGUACAAGAAGCUGAAUGAGCUGCAGGAGAGGCUGAAUAUCGUCAUUGAGCUGGACCAGAAGACAGCUUUGAUUAAAGUUACAGGAAUCAGCAGAGAUGUGAUUGGAGCUAGAGUUGAGAUUGAAAACCUGAUCAAGAGCAUCCGAUUGGCUAAAGAGAAGGAAAGCCAGGCAGACUAUGUCCUCACAUUCGUGGAAUGGCGAUAUAUUGACAACAAUGUCAUAUACUGUUUCGACAAAAUAACUACCAUGCAGUUGGAGAACGCACGGCAGGCAAAGCACAAGAGCACUGUUGUCAAAAUUAAUAAUCAGGACUUCACAGUGAACUUGAGGACAAACACGGCCACAGGCCCUCAAGGACAGAGUGUCACAGUACGGCGCAUCUUAAAAGAUGAAGCUGAAAUCCCUUCAAAUUGGAGCGACAUGGGGCAGAAGAAAUUGCUUGUGGUCAGUCUGCAAACGAAUGAUCCUGAGUAUAUCACGGUGGCAAACCAGUUCCACCAGACCUGCCAAAACUUCGUCAUAGAGAAGAUUGCAAGGAUCCAAAAUCCUGCUCUCUGGAGGAAGUAUCAGGCAAACAAAAAAAUCAUGGAUGAAAAGAAUGGCCAUGAAAGAAAUGAGAAACAACUCUUCCACGGAACGGAGGAUAGCUCUAUUCCACAGCUCAACAGCCACGGAUUUAACCGCAGCUAUGCUGGGAAAAAUGCCACACGCUAUGGGAAGGGAACCUAUUUUGCUGUCCAUGCUUCCUAUUCAGCUCAUGAUACAUAUUCCAGACCAGACGCCAAUGGGAAGAAGCAUAUGUAUUACGUGCGGGUUCUCACUGGAAACUACACAACUGGAAACCAGUCACUGAUUGUGCCUCCUCCACGGGACCCUCAAAAUCCUACUGACUUGUACGACACUGUCACAGAUGAUGAUAAAAACCCAAGUUUAUUUGUAGUGUUCUAUGACAACCAAGCAUACCCAGAGUAUCUCAUCACCUUUAGGCGGUGACACUUCAGGGCACCUUCAUGCAUUUGCUGCAAGACAAAUUUUAACUGCCUUCCUCCUUAUGCUGUCUCUAAGAGCACAAGGUUUUUCUUUGCCAUGGACAUGUUUCCUCAGCUAGUCCUCAAUGGUAGAAAUGAAUUGCCACACCAA